AUGUAUAACAAUCAGACAGUUCAGUUAGUUGGUCGACUGAGUCCUAAAACAAAAAUUAAUUUAGAACAGCAAAACUCACACAAACUUUCAAAUAAAAUGCUAGCUAAACACAUUAAUCCUGACAUUGCACUUGUGCCUAUGCUUGAUGAUAUCAUACCAUGUAGUAUCAGAAUGAGUAUCAGUUAGUGAAAUUUUGAAUUAGAGGAAAAUGUUGCAAUCGGUUCAACCAAUCCAAUAUUAUGAAGAGCAAAGGCCUUCUAGAACUAUUCUUACAACUCAACCAAAAUCUCAUACACAUAAGUCUUCAAGGUCAAUAAAGUCUAAUUCUACUCACAAAGAACAGAAGUCAAGAAUGUCUAAUCAAAAAUAUGAGUUGCUGAGUUGUUGUUCCUGUUCUUGUUGUGGAUGCAGCAGAAAGAGUUCGACAAGACUCAAAAAAUCACCAACUCCCACUCCUAAAGUCAGAAGAAAUUAUCAAGAAAACCCCUCAACCAACAAAUCAAUAAGUACACUCUACAUAAAAUUAUUAGAAUAAUCUUCAAUUGCUAGUUCUGAAUCAAAAAAGGUGAGAAAUUAAAAGGUUUUGAAUUCUUCAUCAAAAACAAAAUAAAAAUGUGAAUAUCAUCAUUAUGAACACAGACAAUCACAUUUAACUAUUCAUCAAUCAAACAGAAAACCAAGACCCUCAAGCGUGGCUAUUAUCAAUCCUGAAACAGCCAGAAGAUAAAAAUUGAGAGAGUAUUAAGAGAAAUAGAAAUUGUUACAGAAUGUAUAUAGCGCUAAAUAAUUAUAACCAUAAACUAGGGAGCAAAGUCUAUCGAAGGUUGCAUGGAGAGCAGACAUAUCUAAAGUAUAAUUUAUAUUAAAAAUCAUCAAUUAGAUUGAAGAAGGCCACAAAAGAAAAAGUAGAAUUGAAAAAAUUGUUCAAAUUUAAAAAGAAAUCUUAAACAAAUCUUUGUCUAGACAUAGGAGUUCGUCAAAGUAAGAAUCCAAAAUGAUUGUACCUCCUCCUGAUACGCAAAAAUUGAAACUCUUGGAUCAGAGAAAAAAAUUAAUGGAAAAGAAAGAUCAAAAAAUAGUUCAUGAUAAAAAGGAGGCUUAAAGAUUAAAAUAAGUACUUCAUUAAUUAAAAAAAUAAAAAUAAGUAGAAAAUGAAUUAAAAAAUAAAAAAACUGAAUAACUUUCUAAAUUAGAAAAAUUUCAAAAGGAUAAUAGAUUAUAAUGCAAAAAAAAAAAAUUUGUGCCUACAGAAUAAUAAAUUGAAUAAGCAUUUUAAAUAGUAGCUAGUGAUAAAAUAGAUAAUGAAUAAUCAAUCAAAUGA